UUAUGAUCUGGUCGCCACCAUCACCAUGGCCUGUAUCAACAAAACAGCGGAAACAGUCCAGGACUAAUUUUAUUUGGCUUAAAAUUCAGCCCCUCUAAUGAUUACGUAAAAACUCUUGAUGUUUGCCUAAACAUUUGGGAGUCUAUGGAGAUGCAACCGCUAGUUUCAUACUUUGUCUGCUUACUGUCAAUCCUUUUCAUAAGAUUUAUAAUUUUUCGGCCAGACAAUGAAUCUUCAGACCUUGAAGACCACAACCACCUGUUCCUCAUUGGGAUCAUGUCCAGGAGGGAAAACCUGAAAAUGAGGGACAGCAUUAGAAACACCUGGGUCCGCAGCCUGAACAGUUCUCUUGGGAAACACAAAUUUCUCAUCGGCAAGGAUUUCUGUCCCAUACCUCCUGUUGACAGGACUUCAGAGUAUUCUUGUGAAGAGUGGACUCCAAAAAUAGCCAAAAGCCUCUCUAGAAAAGACACUUCCUAUGAGAUUGAAUCUAGCAAAAUCAUUUUUAACUCCAGUCAAACCAUGGUCAAAGAUCUCAACUUUCAAGUUCACUACGAAAUAGUCAUCAAAAGACUGUGUCUCCUCUCUGAGAUAAUUAAAUCUCACGCCAGGCUGAGCUUAAUCAACCUAAUGACCAAUGAGAGAGUUUUCACAGCCACAUUCUCUUCUGAAAAUGUGAACGAGAAAAAAGAGCUAUCAACUUGCAAGCAAGUGGAACCGUUUGUGUUCCCCAAAGGAUUUGAGGGGAAAAUCUUGCUGACCACAGACAACAGUGUGAAUUUGGAGAGCAGCUGCAAUGUGAUCUUGACUGACGACUCUCACUUUGUUACAUACAGAAGUACCAGGAAAAUGCUUCGAAAAGAAUUUUGUGCCCCUUUCUCAAUGUCAUAUUUUGUUAAAGACAUGGAGGGACUAGAGAAAUUUCUGUCACAGAAGCAGCAGAGGUACUUUGACUGGAUGACUGAACAAAAACUUCUGACUUCUCAACUGAUUUUGGAAUCUGAGAGACAUGAUGAUGUCAUUCUUCUAAACAUUGUAGAUGUGUACAGAAAUCUUCCUAAGAAGCUCAUUUACUUUUUUAAAUGGGCGGACAGAAAUGCAGAGUAUGAGUUCCUUUUGAAGACAGAUGAUGAUACUUUUGUGGACACAAAGAGAGUGACACAAGAACUGCUGAAGCUGCAAGACACGAAAAACCUGAUAUGGAGUUCAUUUCGUGAAUUUUGGCCUGUGCAGUCGUCUGGAAAGUGGAGGGAGGAUAAUUACAACUCCCUCACCUAUCCUCCUUUUCCUUGCGGAUCUGGAUAUGUGUUAAGUGCAGAUAUUGUCAGCUACCUAGUUGACAACAGUGAAGAACUUUUCAAAUUUCAAGGAGAGGACACCUCAGUUGGUAUUUGGCUGGCUCCGCUCUCACCAUUUUACAAGAACGACUGUUGGAAGUGUAGUGACUGUUAUAAUUUUGCUUGUAAUCAGCCACAAUUGACAGAAAAAGAAAUGUAUGAUGCGUGGGUUGUGUAUGAAAAAGAGGGGGCCAUUCUGUGUUAAAUAAUAAUAUGAUUAAAUUGACUUACUGAAUUUUA